AUGUUAAGGCGACUAUUCAUAUUAGUAAUUUUAAAAGUGUGUUUUGCAUAUAAAAUUCUGGUGGUGUUCCCAAUACCUGGUAGCAGCCAUGCCAUUUUGGGUGAAGGGUAUGUAAGGCACCUUUUAGAAGCUGGCCAUGAGGUGACUUAUAUUACACCGUUACCUCGACUUCGACCAUCUCCGAACCUCCGGCAAAUUGAUGUCUCUGCUAACUUUGAAGUAUCGCCUUUAGGUGAAGUUAUACAUAUAGAAAAAUUGAUGAGGAAAGAAAUUGACAUGACAAAUCUAUAUGUCGUGAAAGAUAUGAUGAUCGCCUUCGCCAACGCAACAAUUAGAAACCCGAACGUGAAACGACUCAUGGAUAACCCUGACGAGAGAUUCGAUGCCGUCAUAGUAGAAUGGCUUUUCACGGAAAUAUAUUCGGGCUUUUCCUCAGUUUUCCAGUGUCCUCUGAUCUGGUCCUCAUCGAUGGAGCCCCACACUUUGGUGUUAUGGCUGAUAGACGAGGCGCCAAGUCCAGCCUACGUACCAGAUAUUAUAUCUUCGAUAAAGCUGCCAUUCGAUUUUUGGAAGAGAGUUAAAAAUCUAUGGAUAUUUAUGGAAAGGAUUUUACUCAAUUGGUCAGCACUCUCGAAAGAGUCAAGUAUUUACGACGCAGGAUUUGGACCGUCUGCAAUUAAGAGAGGAGUCAAGUUAUCACCCCUCGCAGAAGUUAUGUACAAUGGUUCUUUGAUGUUGGGAAAUUCUCAUGUGUCACUUGGUCAACCCAUAAAACUACCGGCCAAUUACAAAUCAAUUCUGGGUUAUCAUAUUCCACAAAAAAUUGACCCUCUACCUGAGUCAAUCCAACGAGUAAUGGAUAACGCACGUAAUGGUGUCAUCUACUUCAGUAUGGGUUCAAUGCUGAAUAGUACGACUUUUCCUUCAAAAUUAAAAAAAGGUCUGCUGGAAAUGUUUGGUGGGUUGAAACAGACCGUAUUGUGGAAGUUCGAAGAGGCAGUGCCAGACUUGCCGAAGAACAUCCAUAUUGUGCAAUGGGCGCCACAACAGAGCAUCCUUGCCCAUCCAAAUUGUGUUUUGUUCAUCACUCAUGGAGGUCUUCUCUCUUUGACGGAAGCUGUACACUUUAAGAAGCUUGUGAUUGGUGUUCCAAUGUUUGCCGACCAGUUUCUGAAUAUGGACAGGGUCGUUGGCAAAGGCUUCGGAAAAAGAGUCGAUCUUGAUUGGGAUUUUGUAGAUAAUCUCAGAGUUGCAAUCGCAGAGAUUAUUGAUAAUCCAAGAUACUGCGAUGCAGCUGAAGAGAUUUCAUUCGUAUACCACCACCGUCCCGUGUCGCCAGGGUCAGAGCUGGUACACUGGGUGCAGCAUGUGGCCAGAACCCAAGGUGCGCCUCAUCUGCGCUCGUCAGCGUUACAUGUGCCGCUCUACCAGAAGAUGUAUCUAGAUCUAGCUGCUGUUGUAUUAAUUAUAAUUAUUGUUAUAACCAAACUUAUUAAAACACUCUUCAGAAAAAAGAGCACAGAGAAAAAUCACAAGAAGAAUCUAAAAAAGUAA